AAGAUAUAGAAGAAGAUGGCAUUAUCCUCCAGCUCUUCCAAGUCUUCAUUGGCCAUGAUCAUGAAGGUGGCCGCGCUGGUGGCACUGGUUUUGGUGGCGACUGAGGUGGACGGACAGAGCUGCAAUAGGCACUUGAGUGGACUGAACGUGUGUGGUGAGUUUGUCGUUCCUGGAGCCGACAAGACGAACCCGAGUGCCGAGUGUUGCAGCGCUCUCGAGGCAGUGCCGAGCGAAUGCCUUUGCAACACGAUGCGCAUUGCCUCUAGGCUCCCCACUCGCUGCAGCAUCCCUACGCUUUCAUGCAGCUGAUGAUAUGGACGUUAUUAUAUCUAUGAGAAGCAUGGGAAGAGAUCAUGGAGAUAUAAGAUAUUUAAGAAUAAAGACUCUUGAGUUUGAGCUGUAGUUUUUUUUUUUUUUUUUAUGUUUGUCGC